AUGGUCCUAGAGCAGUCGCCACGUGGCGAGCGCGUGUUUGAUAUUUACUCGCGGUUGCUAAAGGAACGAAUCGUUUUCGUUCAUGGGCCUGUGAACGAUGACAUGGCGUCACUCGUGACCGCACAGCUGCUUUUCCUCGAGUCGGAGAAUCCUGAAAAAGACGUGUUUCUAUACAUUAAUAGCCCUGGCGGUAUCGUGAGUUCUGGGCUGGCGAUAUACGACACCAUGCAGUAUAUUCAGCCUCAGGUCAAUACGCUCUGCAUAGGUCAGGCCGCUUCAAUGGGAUCGUUGCUUCUAGCAGGUGGAGCGCCAGGCUGUCGUUCAGCUUUGCCUAACGCUCGUAUUAUGAUCCACCAGCCCUCAGGUGGUGCACACGGUAUGGCUAGCGAUAUCGCGAUUCAGGCCGAAGAAAUUAUCAAACUUCGUGCAAGACUAAAUGGGUUAUAUGCAAGCCAUACGGGAAAGCAAAUCAAGGUGAUUGAGCAGGCGAUGGAUCGCGAUCUAUUUAUGGACCCACGUGAGGCAAAAGAAUUUGGUAUUAUCGACUCUAUCAUCUCCAGCCGAAAUAGCGCACAGCCAUCUAGUACUUAG